AUGCUUUCACGUACUGCGGCGCCCACCAAGGCGUCGGCCAGGACCCUCUCGCGCGCCGCCGUCGAGCAAUGCCGAACCUUUGCGACCGUCCAAGAUGGCAAUGCCAAUCCCGUACGCCACUACGGCGGUCUUAAGGACCAGGAUCGCAUCUUCCAGAACCUCUACGGCCGCUACCCGCCCGACCUGAAGCAUGCGAAGAAGAUGGGCGACUGGCACAAGACCAAGGAGAUCCUCCUCAAGGGCCAUGACUGGAUCAUUGGCGAGGUCAAGGCUUCUGGUCUUAGAGGCCGUGGUGGAGCUGGUUUCCCCUCGGGACUCAAAUGGUCUUUCAUGAACUUCAAGGACUGGGACAAGGACAACAAGCCCCGCUAUCUGGUCGUCAACGCCGAUGAGGGUGAGCCGGGUACCUGCAAGGACCGUGAGAUCAUGCGCAAGGAUCCCCACAAGCUUAUCGAGGGCUGCUUGGUCGCCGGCCGCGCCAUGAAUGCCACCGCUGCCUAUAUCUACAUCCGUGGCGAGUUCAUCCAUGAGGCUGCCGUUCUGCAGAACGCCAUCAACGAGGCUUAUGCCGAUGGGCUUAUCGGAAAGAACGCCUGCGGCUCUGGCUACGAUUUCGAUGUCUACAUCCACCGCGGUGCCGGUGCCUACGUGUGCGGCGAGGAGACCAGCUUGAUCGAGUCGCUCGAGGGCAAGCCCGGAAAGCCCCGUCUUAAGCCUCCUUUCCCCGCUGCCGUUGGUCUGUUCGGUUGCCCUUCGACUGUCGCCAACGUCGAGACUAUUGCUGUCGCUCCCACCAUCUGCCGCCGCGGUGGCAACUGGUUUGCCAGCUUCGGCCGUGAGCGCAACCAGGGUACCAAGCUCUACUGCAUCAGCGGCCACGUCAACAACCCGUGCACUGUCGAGGAGGAGAUGAGCAUUCCCAUGCGGGAGCUUAUCGACAAGCACUGCGGCGGUGUCCGCGGUGGUUGGGAUAACCUUUUGGCCGUCAUCCCCGGUGGAUCCUCGACACCUAUCUUGCCCAAGCACAUCUGCGACGACCAGUUGAUGGAUUUCGAUGCCUUGAAGGAUAGCCAGUCCGGUCUGGGUACUGCCGCUCUUAUCGUCAUGGACAAGAGCACCGAUGUCGUCCGCGCCAUUUCCCGACUAAGCCACUUCUACCGCCACGAAUCUUGUGGCCAGUGCACGCCUUGCCGUGAAGGCAGCAAGUGGACCGAGCAGAUCAUGAAGCGCUUCGAGAAGGGUCAGGGACGUGAGAGGGAGAUUGAUAUGCUCCAGGAGUUGACCAAGCAGGUUGAAGGUCACACUAUUUGCGCUCUUGGCGAAGCUUUUGCCUGGCCCAUCCAAGGCCUCAUCCGCCAUUUCCGACCUGAGCUGGAAGCCCGUAUGCAGAAGUUCGCUCAGGAGAACGGUGGUGAGGCUCUUGCCGGUGGCUGGCAACACAAUGCCAGACAGCAGGGCAAGCUUGUCUCACCUGGCAUGUAA